AUGGAACAAGAACGUGUAUCAUCAUAUAUAACUGAUCCUGAUUUACCUUCUGGUCUCGAACAAAAAAAUGUUAUUAUUCAACGAGAUCGUUUUGGUUAUGGUCUAACAGUAUCUGGUGAUAAUCCUGUUUAUGUAUUAAGUGUACGUGAAGGUGGUGCUGCACAUCGAGCUGGAAUAAAUACAAAUGAUCAAAUCAUAAAGGUAAAACAUUUAUUAUUUAAUUUCUAA